CAUACGCUUGAAGCAAAACUCUGCAAUUGUUUGAGAGACAUUCGUAUUCAAAAUGACGAGUUACGAGAAACAAUAUGAGAAAUCUGACUUUAACCUUGGAAUUAAGCUUGUGAAAAAGCAUUCUGAUAUUGAUCCAUGUGAUGAUGAUCCAGAUGUUUUAAGAGCUGAAUUAUCCUGUGGUCACAUCACUGGACCACAGACACUGACAGACUACUGCAGAUAUCUGCUGAAUGACGGUAAAGCUGAGCUGAGAUGCCCUGAGUGUCAAGAACAGUGGUCUUACACUGAAGUGCGUACACUAGCCAAACUCACACCUGAAGAACAGCUAUACUUUGAGGAAAGACUUGCCAACAACACCAUUAGGAAUUUACUAGACGUCAAAAAUUGUCCUGGUUGUGAUUGGUUGAUCGAGAGAUCAGACUCAUCUAAUCUCAGCGUGCAGUGCACCGUUUGCUCUGUAAAGAAUAAAAGAACCUUUGAGUUCUGCUGGCAGUGUGUGAGAGAAUGGAAAGGCCAGUGUCCUCGAUCUGAUCGAUGUGACAAUGAAGGCUGCUGCAACAGAGAGCUGGAUCUGCUGAGAGAUUGUGCAACUAUUACUUUAAAAGAUGCUGCAAAUAUUGUAUGUCCAUCUGUUCGUGCCUGUCCAACAUGUGGUUUGCUGAUUAACUGCUACACAGAGAGAAGUAAAAACAUUGUGUGCUCUCGAUGCAAAAAAGAGUUUUGUUUUGUCUGUCUGAAGCUCACACCUGACUGUCUGAAGACUAGUAGUUACUAUAAACCCUGUUCAGAUGGUGUGGCUCCACGACAGACUUCAUUUCCAGUUUGGAGAGAUAACCAAUAAA